CCUCGAAGCUCUUGCCACAACCCAAAGUUAUAUAGGAUCUCACUCAAGAUGUACAAGGCCAACUGAAGAUGUGUUCAAUCCCGAAGAUAGAAAGAUUCGUGAAGAAAUAAUUCGAAUGAUAAUUCAAUAUCUUUCGGAUGAGGGUUAUACUGCAUCAAAAAUGACUAUUUAUGAUGAAGCUAAUGUGAAUUGGCAUGAGAAAGAAGAGCAUGUUGUAGAAGUCAAUCGGUUAAAAAAAGCAAUAUUAGAUGGCGACUGGACUGAAGUUGACAAGAUUUGUGUUAAACCUUUUGUAAAAAACCAAAAAAGUUUUAUGUAUGCAGUAUAUAAACAGCAAUAUCUUGAGUAUAUCGAGUAUCAAGAGAUACAAAAGGCUUUCACAUUUCUUAACAAAAGAUUAAAACCACUUGAGCAUCUUCAAACAACUCCUAACGAAUUUAAAGAUUUGUGUUAUUUACUAACAGCGAAAUCCGUCCAUGAUGCGCCAUCGUUCAAGAAUUGGGAAGGAAUCGGUCCUGCCAG